GUAUUGCAUUAAUAGUUAGCAGAUUUGUAGUCGAUUUGUAAGUCGAUGUCAAUAGACUUUAAUGUAUUUUUGCACACUUUUUUCGGUCAACCAUUUGAUUGCAGUAUAAAAGAGGAGAUCUAAAGCAAGAAAUGUUAUCGAAAACCAUUUCUCGUCUUUUAUUAAGUCUUUUAGUAUUUUUCAUUUCAAAAACAUUUUCAAACGAAUCAUAUUUAGAAGAAGGUGAGGCCAGAGGAGAGCCGUGGUUUCCCGAGCCGACGCCGACUCCGCCUCCCGGUCCGAGUGUCGCCGAAUGCAACCGAAACAUUUACCGGCGUUGUAACCAACCGACUCAGUUCAGCGCUAAUGACUUGAAUACAGUUCUGACUUAUUUGAACACAACGUACACGACUUUGGCGGACAUAAAACCGGACAAUUCGGUGCAAUUGUGUUCAGCCAUUACUGUUCGUCGCGAUUGGAAGUGUUUGACUGUCGCUCAAAGGAAUCGCAUUGUCAACGACUUCCAACAGCUCUACACCAAUGGAGUCAUUGCCAAUUUGACCGACACUUACGUCCGGUAUUGGGCGGCCUGGCACGAGACCGGAGAACUGUUUUUGGCGCAGAGAUGGUUGGCUUACGAGUUGGAGAGUGCAAUGCAACAGAUUGAUCCAGGAGUCAUUCUUCCUUAUUGGUGUCCGUGGCCUGCAGCCGCGCAUCCCGAAAGAUCCAUAGUUUGGGACACUUUCGGUCACAAUGGCAGUUAUCCGGGUGGAUAUUGCGUGGGAGACGGCGUUUACAACACGUGGGGUUUGAUUCCGUGUGUGAAACGGCAUUGGAGUCCGCGUGGAACCAUCUAUCCGUGGGCUUCGCCUGAAUUGGACACAAAUCUGUUGCAUUACGGAACUCUUUACGAACUGUUUUAUUUGGCUUAUAUUGGAAUCUAUUACCAGCCGUUGAUUAAUGCCGGCGGAUAUGAAGGACAGUUCUCCAAACAAGACGCUCCCUAUGAUGUUUUGUUUUAUAUGAAGAGUUUGUGUGAAACCGAAGUUCGAGGCAUUAAAUGGCAAUUAUCUAAACAAGAAAAUCUCACGCCUUUGUCUUAUAAUCUAUUGAACACCCGAUUUGAUCCGCAAACGGGAGCCAUUCAACAGGCAGACAUCAACACCGAUACUCUGACCGGAGUUCCAGACGUUUCAAUCAAACARCUCUUUUGGUUAGGUUUUGGCAAUUUGUGUGUUAUUCCCGAUAGUGUUGUCCGUCCAGUUGUCAGAGCCAGCAAAGGCCAGGCCGAUCCGUUGCCGCGAGCCAUUCAACGCAUGCAGCCGUGGAUUGUGGCCAAAUACUACUCGGGAUUCCAAAACGGCAAUACAAGCAACUUGUUGAGCACUUUCGAAGAAGUGGGAGAUUGUAAUCAACAGUGUCUGCCUUUACCCAAACCGACGUUUCUUCCGGAAACACCGGCCGGWCGCCGACUUCUGGCCGACCAGGGAGUCAACAGAGGAUCGCUGUUGUCGAUCGCCGAACAGCGCUAUUAUAGCCUUUGGUAUGAUUUAAACAAAUCCGGUUAUUGUUCUCCUUAUGUAACGAAUUAAGAAUAAAUACUUUAUUUUUUACAUAAAAUUGUAUUUCAAUUAAUCAAAGACUCAAUUAAUU